CAGCAGAUCAGGGUUUUCUCUCCGAGCGCACCGCACCUCUGCGAAUGUUAAUUAGAUGUAAAUCUAAAUUCUUUAGAUUGUGAACGUUGGUCAGUUUAUUCUAAGACUCUUUUAUUAUUUCUUCACUUGAAUCGUGUCUUGAAGCAGAGCCUGUCUUUAAUAGGUCCAUCCAUUCAUUUUUCAAUGUAUUCAUAUUCAACCUGAAUACACUGAAGGAUCAAUCCGCUUUUGUGAAAUAAAUCGUCCGGACAUUUGUUUCUUUUUUUACUGAAAGGAUUUUACAGGCAUCCUGCCACAUCUCCUCAAGAUCAACAGCAUGAAACAGCCCACUGCCAAAACUGAGAUGAGCCGCUUCAACAUCUCUCCUGAAGAAGACAGCUGCAGCUCCAACAGCAACGAGUACACCUACCAGGACUGCCCCAAGAAGGUCCCGCUGGGCAGCCAAUUCUCUGACAUCGAGGCAGAGAGUCAAAACUUCCUCCCUGAACACAACCUGGGCAAGAAGAAGUAUGAGACUGAAUACCACCAGGGCAAUGCUUCCUUUGGCAUGUCCGUCUUCAACCUGGGCAACGCCAUCAUGGGCAGCGGCAUCCUGGGUCUGUCCUACGCCAUGGCCAACACCGGCAUCGCCCUCUUUGUGAUUCUCCUCGUGGCCGUUGCCAUCUUCUCCUUGUAUUCUGUCCACUUGCUGCUGAAGACAGCCAACGAAGGAGGUGCGCUGGUGUACGAGCAGCUGGGUUACAAAGCCUUCGGGAUGCCGGGGAAACUCGCCGCCUCCAUUUCCAUCACCAUGCAGAACAUCGGGGCCAUGUCGAGCUACCUCUACAUCGUCAAAUACGAGCUGCCCAUCGUCAUCGAGUCCUUCAUGGGACCCAGCAACGGAGUGUGGUACACUAAUGGGGACUACCUGGUGCUGAUGGUGACGUUCACCAUUAUCCUGCCGCUGUCGCUGCUCAGGAACUUGGGUUACCUUGGUUACACCAGUGGUCUGUCCCUGCUCUGCAUGGUGUUCUUUCUGAUUGUGGUGAUCAUCAAGAAGUUCCAGAUCCCGUGCCCACUCCCCGAGGACAUGAACGCUCUGAACGAGAAUAUAAGCAAAUUGCUGAACGCCACCUUGUCCCACAUCAACAGCAGCGCCGUGGACUACAGUGAGGACGCGUGCACGCCAAAGUACUUUGUCUUCAACUCUCAGACCGUUUACGCCGUUCCCAUCCUGACCUUCGCCUUCGUGUGCCACCCCGCCAUCCUGCCCAUGUACGAGGAGCUGAAGGACCGCUCCCGCCAGAAGAUGCAGGGCGUUGCCAACGUGUCCUUCCUGGCCAUGUUCAUCAUGUACCUGCUGGCCGCACUCUUCGGAUAUCUGACCUUCAACUUGCACGUGGAGCCUGAGCUGCUGCACACUUACUCCAAGAUCUACAAGUCUGACGUGCUGCUGCUGAUCGUGCGUCUGGCUGUGCUGACCGCCGUCACCCUCACCGUCCCUGUGGUGCUUUUCCCCAUUCGUACCUCCGUCAACCAGCUGCUGUGCGCCUCCAAGGAAUUCAGCUGGGUCCGCCACACCAUCAUCACCAUGGUGCUGCUGGCGAGCACCAACGCCCUCGUCAUCUUUGUCCCCACCAUCAGGGACAUCUUCGGCUUCAUCGGCGCCUCUGCUGCUGCCAUGCUCAUCUUCAUCCUGCCCUCGGCGUUCUACAUCAAACUGGUGAAGAAGGAGUCCAUGAAGUCCAUGCAGAAGAUCGGGGCCACCGCCUUCCUGAUUUUGGGCUUUGUGGUCAUGAUCGGCAGCAUGAGCCUCAUCGUCCUGGACUGGAUCCACAACGCCACCGCCAGUAGGGACGCACACGGCGACGGACACUAAAGCUCCACCCGCUGCGGCCGGCCAGGAGAGAGGAGGCGGCGCUGCUACGACCGCGCAACCAACAAAAGAUCGAAACCUAUUGUAUAAGUAGAAAAACAAGGCCUCACGUGACACUCGGCUUUGACUUCCUGAGCGACAAACCAUGAACCAUUCCAAGAGAAUGUAUCGAACUUUGUACAGUUUGCUGUUUUAGGCCACACAGUUGGUGUUUUACUUGUUUUCUCUUUUUAUCGUAACUUUUUUUCAUCGUGGUUUUUAUUUUGGUUCUUUUGUAGUUAUGGUACAGCUGAAAACAAAUAUUUGAAGGUGCCUCAAAGAAGAGAUGACAGUCGUAGAGUUCAAAAUGCAGCUUACACUCAGGUACGGUGUGUGUGUGUGUGUGUGGCUGUGACCUCAGAGCUCGCCAACAACUGAUCCUGCUGAGAAACCGACGUGGAUCUCCUCAGAUCGACACGAGGUGGCAGACUUCUCAAGGACGAACAAGUUCCUUCCAACAUUUGUUGUUUGUUUUGUUCCCUUUUCUCUUUUGCCAAAAAUGUAUUUGUUAAGCAUCUUUGUAUAUUGAGAAGCACUUACUGUUCAGCACACUUGUGUGGAGAAACCAGUUUUCACAGGCGAGGCCUACUUCAGCGCCUCUGCUGUGUUCGUACCGAGGCUUUGUGACCUUGCUUCUAGCGUCAGCUUGUAAAACCUGAUGUAAGUCAACCUGCCUUCUUCAGAGUACCUCUCCAAACUAGUAACCGUUAUAACCUGCUGAAGAUCUUGUUGGAAAAGCACGUGCAGCGACGACACUACUGCUUUGAGCCUCGAGUUGGAAACUUAAAAAAAAAUUCUUUAUGGGAGAAUACAUUUGACCACACGCAGUGGUUGUAAUAUACCUGUUUAGCUUGCAACAAAAAGAAACUAGAAGUCAGGUGUGCUCUUGAAAACUGACAACCAAACAACAAAGAAAGCUAAGGAGAGCGUCUGUAACAAUAUUUUGAGUGUUUUUGCGUACAGUUUGAAAUGUUUCACAAUGAAGAACGCGGACUCGCUUCCCGCCGAGACGUGAGCCUCUGAUGGUGCACUGUGCUUCCAACACUAACUUAACACAUCAACAUACUGUUAUUGUCCAACAUCUAUUUAUGGAAGACCGUGAAAUCAGUGUAAUUUAAUCUAUUUUACUAUAUUUAUAUAAUAUUGUAUGUACAUAUAUAUAUGUAUAUAUAUCUAUUGAGUUCAACUGUAUAUACGCUUUGUUUUGUUUGAACUGUCUUUUUUUUACAAUAAUGCAUUGGAGCUGUAAAACAAAAGCAAAAACCCCCAAAGCUGGUGAAUUUGUGAUAUUGAAUCUGCUCCAACACACUGGAGCUUCCUCUCUGAAGACUGAAUGAUCCUCAGUGUUGAUUCUGUGAAACCUGUGCUACAUGUGGAAGCCACCGGGACACCAGCAGCAGUGUCCUUUCCUUUCUGGCCCCCUGAACACGAACCCCGGAUCAGCGAAAUGUGCUCUUUGCACUUCCUGGUUGGAGAGGACAUCAGCCAUCUCUUGACCUCAGGAGCAAAGAGGGCUUUGCCCGCCAGUGUUACACUCUUGUUUCAAUGAAACACUAUGUAUAUCCUGUAAAUAAUGUCUAAUUAAAAUAGAUAACGAUCUAAUAACAGGUU